CAGACUGACUGUAGCUCACCGCUCACUGAAGGUGUUUGAAUGGUGGCGCAUCCUGUCAGCAAUUAAUUUCGCGUCUCGUUAUGGUUUUGCGAUGUUUUUUGUGAUAAAGAUGCGUCAUGAGGACUGGAAUGGAGCAUCUUCGAGUUUGGUUGUUUUGAAAUGAGCGUGUUUUGCCGCAGUGUUGGUUUGUUUGCCAGUUGACACUUUGCUGAACAUGCUGGGAUGAGACCUGCGUUAUCAUGGAUCCUGAAGAACUAGAACUGCAGAAUGAUUACCGGUACCGUAGUUAUGCAGCCGUCAUCGAGAAGGCGCUGCGGAACUUUGAGUCAUCCAGUGAAUGGGCUGAUCUCAUUUCCUCCCUGGGGAAGCUUAAUAAGGCCCUCCAGAGUAAUCUUCGUUACUCUCUCCUGCCAAAGAGGCUUAUUAUAGGGAAACGGCUUGCCCAAUGUCUACACCCGGCACUGCCGAGUGGAGUCCACCUCAAGGCUUUGGAGACCUAUGAGGUCAUUUUCAAAAUCAUUGGAACAAAAUGGCUGGCCAAAGAUCUGUUCAUUUACAGUUCUGGGUUGUUCCCGCUGUUGGGCCAUGCAGCCAUGGCAGUCAAGCCUGUACUGUUGACGCUGUAUGAGCGUUAUUAUCUCCCUCUGCAGAAAGCUUUACUGCCCAGCCUUCAGGCCUUUGUAACAGGACUGUUGCCAGGUCUGGAGGAGGGACUGGGUGUAUACGACAGGACUGAUGCCUUGUUGUUCAAGUUGUCACAGCUGGUGGGUCAACAGGUUUUCUAUGGUGCCCUGUGGGGCAGUAUGUUGGUUAGCCCGUUGGUGCGACUGCCUGCCUCAGUCUUUAUAGUGACACACUUCGACCGAAUGCUGCCUCUGUACCAACAGAGGUACAUGCUGGGCUAUGACCACCGCCUGGUUGUGAAAGCUGUUUGUCUGUCUCUGCAAGAUUCCAAUGUCCUUGUGCAGAGGAACAUGCUUGAAAUCCUGCUUUACUUUUUUCCCUUUGCUGUAUGUCUGCACCCAGCGGAGGCCAGCAUUGCCAUGAGUAUUGAAGACUUGAUCACUGUGGUGGCUGCAGCUUCGCUCACACUGCUCCGUAGAGAUAUGUCCCUCAACAGACGUCUCUAUGCCUGGCUCCUAGGCACAGAUAUAAAGGGAGAAAUGGUGGCACCACACCCAACUCUGUCUACCACCGUGGAGGAACAUGCAUCCUUCUACUUCAGCACCUACUCCAGAGAUUUCCUCAUUCAGGCUCUGAUUAAAAUCCUCAAACAGAAGGAUGUAGAGAGUAACCCAGAAAAUGUGAUAACCUACCUAAGGCCUUUUCGUAUCAUUAUUAGUUUGCUGGACAAACCAGAAAUUGGGCCUGUGGUCUUGAGCAGUAUGAUGUUGGAAGUGGUACGAGCCUUUUAUAGCUACUGUAGAGAGAUGGUAGGGGAGGAAAACACCGCUAACUCGGGACUCUCAGGCAGCCAGUUAGCGAGCAGUAAGAUAAAGGAGAACAAGAACGCAUCAGAGAUCAUAAAGACCAUGAAUAUGCUUGUGAGUUCUACAGACAGCGAAUACCUGUGGGAAUACAUGACCCGACGCUUCUGCACUUCCCUCAGUAAUGAAGAUGACCCACCGAUGCCUCCCCUGCAGGACCGUGGUCACCCUGCACCCUCUGUCACUGAGAUGUCCAAUUUGAUCAUAUUCCUCCUUGAUGUCAUACCUUUGGAGCUCUAUGCUGACGUCCAGUCCCAGUUCCUUCCUGAGAUGUUGGGCAACAUGCUACAGACCCUGCGUGGUCACAUGACCUCUGUGGGCCUGGAUGAGGUCACACAGGGCCUGCGUGCCUGUUUCAAGGUUCUGAGUAAGAUACAAAUGCCUGUUGCUUACAUGGACACUGAAGCAGAGAAUCAAAUGCAGGGGUCACAGGCAGAGGAGGAGAAUACUGAGAAUGAUGAAGAGAAAGAUGUCAGUACUGGUCAAGCUAAUGGUAACCAUGAAGAAAAUUUGCUGAAUGGAGAUGGAGAUGAUGAAGGAGAACCUGCCAAUGGUGUGUACCCACCACUGCGGUCUGAAGACAGUGGACUGGGUAUCAGUGCCUCACCCUCAGAACAGCAUCUACCGCCGGGUCUAGAGCUGGGUGUAGAGGUAGUAGCAAUGUGCAAAGAAAGCGAUGGAGUGUGGAGGAGAGGAGGCAGUGUGGACACAAUGACCCAGUGUCUGCAGGACAUCCUGGCCUUCAUCACUACAAGAUACCUGCUGGUGCAGGUGGAGGAUGUCAGGGGAGAAGAGCCGCAGCCAGACGUAACCGCCAUCUCUCUGGAACAGAAGACCUUGUUGGCAAGCAUAGGAGGUCGGGAAAUUAAAGACAAACUGACUGGACUGUUCACCCCAAACAAACUUAAAACUCACCCUACGUCUGUCAACCUGCCCUCAGCAACCCAAACGGACAAAACUAAACUGCGUCGGCACUUAGGGUGUCUGGACUGGGGAGCUGGCUACAUGCCUCGUGGCAGGGCAGAAAUCUCUGAGCACUGUCGACAGGCCUUCGCAGCCACGUGCCACCUCCUGCUGGAGUGCUCCACCUUCCCUGUGUACUUAACUGAAGAGGAAAGUCAGGCUCUCUACACAGCUAUAUUUUGUAACCCAGACAAUGAUGAAGGCAGGCUUCCAGUAUGGCUGAGGUCUUUAAUGACACUGUGCUGCCUGUCCAGAGACUACCACAUCCAGCACACUGCAGUGGCUUCAAUGUUAGAACUCAUCAACCACUCCCAGUCUCUAGCACUAGUCAUCCAGGACAAGUACAGGCGCUACCAGACCUGUGAUGCGAACCCACUGAGUGGGAAGCUGCAGAUGGUCACUGUUCCACCCAUCUUGCCUGCCCUGCUUCAUUCUAUUGAGAAAUGCACCGAUUUUUAUCAGAGACUGUCUCAGGUGCUUUGGAGCCAGCUGGACACAGAGCGCCGAGAGCAGCACAUUUCCUGUGUGGAACUCUUUUACAGACUUCACUGUUUGGCUCCAUCAGCGUUCAUCUGUGAAGACAUUAUUUGCCAAGCCAUGCUGCAAAAAGACAAGGCUGUUAGGCUGGAAGCACUUCAUCGCUUCACAGUUCUCUGGCACCUUACCCGUGACAUCCAGGCAAACAGGACCAUGUCGCUCAAUCGCUCCUUUGACCGGUCUCUGUGUGUCGUGAUAGACAGCCUGAGUUGUACAGAUGGCUCAAUAAGUGCAGCAGCUCACUGGUGGCUGAUUCGAGCAUUGUCUCUCGAUGAUGUAAUUCGGAUACUCGAACCAAUUCUUUUGUUGUUGCUUCACCCCUCCACUCAGAGAUGCUCUAUUCAGAACAUCAAACAUGACCUUGCUGCUGGUAACCUGAAGGUUUUAAACACCAAAAUUCGAAGCUCAGUCAGAACCUGUGGGACAUCUGCAGAUACCAUGGCAACAGAGGUCACCACCUUCAAUGUGAAGAAUGUCAUUGACCGGGAGACCCUGUGGGCAGAGUUGGACCAAAACACAGAGUCGGCCAAACCACCAGACCUUCUCGUUUCUCGAAGUGAAAGUGAAGAGACUGAAGAGGAGAAUCCUGUGGAUGUUGGAGAAGAAGAGGAGGAGGAAGUAGAGAGUGAACACACUGAGUCAUAUGACACUAGCGGGGCCCAAGACUCUACAGAGAACUCAAGCUCUGGCACAGCCACUUACCAGAGCAGUAUGGAGGAAGGUGUGGUCAGUGGCCUCCACAGGGUAGAGUCUGAACACACGCAGGCAUCUGAAUCACUCUCAAGUGACGACGAAGAUGAUCUAGAACUGGAAAACAUGGCGCAGUCUCGCCUGUUGAAACAGGAACGUGAAAGGAGAGAGGCGAUUGACUCUUUGUUCCGCCAUGUACUGCUGUACUCUGCCACAUCUGGCUGGCGCCAUCUGCUGCAAGGCUUGGCACUGCUAAGCAGCCUCCUGAGGAGUAGUGCACAGAGCCCUCUGGUGGAUGCUCUCUCCUCCACAUCUCUGGACACAAGUUCUGCUUCUCAUUUAAACCUGGUCUCAAACCUAUUACAGCGUCACCAACAGGCUGAAGAUGGGAAAGGUUUCUACAGCAGUCUGCUUUCUCCUUCCUCCUCACCCUCUGUUCCUCCGUCCUUGCUCAUUGAACUGCUGGUUUCUUUAUGCUUGCGAUUCUUGCGCUCUCACUACCCUUCAUACCUGAGCCUGGGUCCUCAUGACCUGCAGGGAAAUAGGGAGGUUCAGGUGAAGAGUGUGGAAGUACUGACCCAGCUGGUGAGCCAGCUUGGUACCGUCGCACAGGGACAAGAGUCCAGUGGUACCAGUCUGGAGCCGAUCCGCAGACUCCUCACAGGAUGUAACGUUCAGCAAUAUGCUCUGCUUACACUUUCUGCCUCCAUGUAUGUCAGCCAGAAGGUAAUGAACAAGGAGCCUGCUAAGGGUGUGGAACUGCUGGAAGAACAGGGCAGCUUGUCAGAGGAGAGCCUAGUGAAUCUUGGAACAGGAGACGGGCAGGAGCAGUACCCGUUACAAAUGGAACUACUUAAACUCCUUCAGGCUCUUAUUGUCCUGGAGUACCAUGUGUGGCCUGGUGGGGUUAUGUCCACAGCUGGGUCAGGUGGCACAUCUGGCCAGCCUGGGGAGCCUCCUCCUUCUGCCACCUCACCUCUUGCUCGUGAGUGGCAGACUGCCGUCCUCUUCCAGCAGUCUAUCAAGGCUGUGCAGUAUGUCCCAAGUCACCCCAUCACGGCCCAAGGAAUGUUUGUUUCUUCAGCAGCCAGGGCUCUGCAGCCACAGUAUGGCUAUGCCAUGCAUCCUCACUGGGUAUCACUGCUCUGCUCCUCUUUAUCCUACUUGGGUCGCUCAUUAGGCAUCAUUGUGGCUCCAGUUAUCACUCAGAUCUGCAGAAACUUGGAUGAGCUGGUGAAAUUGUAUGAACAUGAUGGAGGAAAGGCCCAUCAGAGCCUGAGUGGUAGAAAGGAGAACAUCGCUCCUGACUACCCUCUGACGUUACUUGAAGGCCUGACAACAAUUGCACACUACUGUCUGCUCGAAAACAAGCGGUCAUUGGUUGCGUGCGAUCCCGUGGUUGUCCGUAAUGCACGUAAUGCUGUGAUUGAAGCUCUACCACACAUGCUCAACAGUAUGGCUCUGUUAUGGGGUGUGGUCAGGAGGGAGGAAUCUCAGAAAAGGGGAUCUGACUCUGGCCAGAGCAGCAGAAACACUUCUACUUCUGUUUACUUCAAAAACACCAAGGUUUUGCGUCAACGAAUCUUGGAGUUCCUGAUCCCUCUGACUGGGCAGUAUGGAGUUCAGUUCAUGGCUUCAGUGGGAGCAGUGUGGAGCAGCAGGAAAAGUAAGAGGAGGCACAAAAACAAAGUUUUACCUGUGGCUAGUGAACCUCACCUGAUCAUUGUGAAUUUGGUGAAAUCCCUGAGCACCAUGCACACAAGUACUAUCCUGUAUUUGAUCAAGGAGGUGGUGAAGAAACCGCAUCAGAUCAGAGGAGACCAGAAGUCAACCCUGGUAGAUAUUCCCAUGUUACAGUUCAGCUACACUUAUGUCCAGAGUAUUUCAGCUCAGGCCCUGCAGGAAAAUGUGUCUCCUCUUCUCAGUCUCUUACGGGAGUCUGUACAGCUAAACCUGGCCCCACCUGGACACUUCUUACUACUGGGUAUAAUCAAUGACUUCGUUAAUAGGCUGCCCAACCUGGACAAUAAGAAGGACAGUCGAGACCUGCAGGAAGUGACUCAGCGGAUCCUGGAGGCAGUUGGUGGGAUUGCAGGAUCAUCUCUGGAGCAGACCAGCUGGCUCAGUCGGAACCUUGAGGUCAAAGUUCAGCCACAGGUCUGUCUUGAGGCCGAAGAACCUGAUGAUGCAGAAAGUGACCAUUAUGAGUCAGUGACUCAAGGUACUACCAUGGUUUCCUCCUCAGCACCUUCAGUGUACAGCGUCCAGGCCCUUGUUCUUCUGGCAGAGAUCUUGGCACCACUUUUGGAUAUGGUGUACCGCAGUGAUGAGAAGGAGAAGGCAGUUCCUUUAAUAUCUCGGCUCAUGUACUACGUUUUCCCCUAUAUGAGGAACCACAGUGCUUACAAUAUGCCCAGCUUUGAAGCAGGUGCUCAGCUGCUUAGUAGUCUGAGUGGGUACGCCUACACCAAAAGAGCCUGGAAGAAAGAAGCAUUUGACCUCUUCAUGGAUCCCCUCUUCUUCACUAUGGAUGUCCUAUGUGCACGCAGUUGGAAAUCAAUCAUUGACCACUUGUUGACUCAUGAGAAGACCAUGUUUAAAGAUCUGAUGAGUAUGCAGAGUGGUUCCCUGAAACUGUUUGCUAGCGUGGAUCAGAAACCCAUGCUCCUUAAACGUCAGGCGUUUGCCAUGUUCAGUGGGGAACUCGACCAGUAUCAUCUCUAUCUGCCCCUUAUUCAAGAGCGUCUCACCGAGACUUUGCGUAUGAAUCCAAGCACAGCGGUUUCAGCUCAGAUUUUCCUGAUGUUUCGAGUUCUCUCAUUGCGGAUUUCUCCCCAACACCUCACCUCUCUUUGGCCCAUCAUGGUCACAGAACUGAUUCGUGUGUUUACACGUCUAGAGAAAGCACUGCAGACAGAGAAAGAAGUGUCAAAGUCGACUAAAGUGACGCGUGGAGUAAAUGACAGAAAUGGACCCGUGAAUUUCUCCCAGUCAGAAUUGGACAUGUACCUGUCAGCCUGCAAGUUUCUGGAUGCGUCUCUGGCUUUUCCUCCAGAAAAGAUGCCGCUCUUCCAGAUGUAUCGCUGGGCGUUUGUCCCCGAGGUGGACGUGAGUCGCUUCAGUGGCCCAGAAAACGCUCUGAUCGAGGGUGCAGAAGAACGCAGUCCACAGGUUGUCAGAGUUCUGGAAGGAAUACAGCAACGAUUUGGGGCAUUGAACGAGCUCAUCACAGAGUCAUCAACAGAGCGUCUACAGUUCCCGUUACUGACUCAACACUCUCUGUCCUCCAUCACCCAGCUGGUGCCCUUCUUUUACACCCUUUGCUGCUCCUUCCAGGGCCCACCCCUUCAUAAGUAUUCACUCGACCACCCUUCACCCCACUGCCCAGUUGCAGACUACCCAUUAGACAAAGCUGUUUUGAAGCGGCUGGAGACCAUCACUGAGGAAGAGUUCCUGGACAACAUGGAGAAUUAGAACUGGAACGUGAAACUUUCAGAGAACACAUUUAACUAAGCUUUUAAAACUAAGAUUACAACCUGCAGCCAUAUGAAUACCUACAAUAGUCAUCUGUUGAGGACAAACUUUAAAGAGUGGAAGUGUUUUGGGUAUUCAUUUUACUUUAUCACCUUAAACUUGUUGAAUCUCCAUGUGAAUCCGUGUAUCUCUGCAGUGCUCUCGCACUGAAUCUGUGAUGGAAGGGACAGUGCUUUUCCAGUAUGCUUGUUUGUAUUUGCAAAUUUGAGCAAGUAUUAAGACCAAAACCUCUCUGUUGCUGUUAAUCUCUAAAUUGAUGCGUUGAACCACAGUCAUGAAUGAUUUGUUCACAGAUUUUUACGAUAACCUCUGCAUAUGCACUUUUUAGGAAACUUUAAAAAUGUGAUUUCUAUGAUUGCUACCACAGGCAUCAUUUUAAGCUGCUUAACCAUUUAUUUCAUGACCCCUGUAACUCAGCUACUUAAUUUUUUUGGUUUUUGUCCCCUGUCAUUUCCCCUCCAGACUGCGUUGUUUUGAGUUGCACUCUUGCAUUAGUGUCACUUUAAGAUAAUCACACCACUGUUUUCUCUUAAAAUUAGAAGUAUUGCUGUCUAUCCUUAUUUCAAUCCUUUUUACUUCUUGUUGCUUAAUGUUUGUCAGUAUCUUCGGCACAGCCUCUGCCUUGGCGACUUUUACCACCUCCUCCCUGGGUGUCUUGCAUUCGUAUAUCAGCUAGGUGACGUAUACAUUAUUAAUUUUGCAGUUGAGAACAUGCCUAGUUUCUAAACUGUUUCACAUGGGAAAGAACUAAUCUUCAUGGGCCAAACAAGACAUUAAUGUAGCCUGUUGAGGAUGUAAUAUACGUAUAUGCGGUCUGCUUUGUUUUAGAGUAAGGUUUUUAGCACCAGUGUAAAAUUGUACAUUUUAUCAGCUAAUGCUGUUCUAAAGCUUAGAAGGACACUAGUUUUAAAGGGCAGAUAACUGGAAAUUUUGCGUUCUUGUGACUUUUUCAUGACUUUAUUUAAUCACACGUCUGGUGUACAUACUGUCUUGCUGUUAGUCCGGACUGUUUAUUUUGAAUACAAUGUGCAAAGAUGUUGAAUCAUUACAGGACCUGACCUGCUUGCUCUUGUUCAGUUUUGUGGUUAAGAUUAAUUGCUAAAUUUUAUUCAUACACACUCAUCAGGAACACCCUGUGGUACAGCUGUUUGUUGCUUUCCUUGCCAUAGUUGGUUUUCAAGGGAAAUAUCCUCUCUUUGUAGUGUUUUUGUUCCCUUUGUUUUGUAGUUUUUAUGACUGGCAUUGCCUUUUGUGACAUAUUGAAGGAUAUAAAGGUAAUUUAUUUAGGAUGGUUAAAGGAGUGUGUCAAAUUUUUAGUUUAUAGGAAGACUUCAAUAAAAUUAAGUAAGCCUCUAAA